GCUUAAUCGAUAUCCUGGCCGUUGAAGCUUUCCAUCUUCGGAAUUACCGUCGCGUCAGCCCAAAGUUCCCCGUCUGUAUUGCACGCUCGUAGUCAUCGUUACCGAGAGUGUGUGGGUUGCCAACACGUCGCCACCAUGUUCCGCGCCACAUCCCGUCUGCUCGCUUGCCGGCUCACCUUCUUCACCCGAACGCCAUGCGGCCUAUGCGACACAGCCAAAGCUGUUGUGCAGAAUGUCAAAGCGAAGAGGCCAUUUGACUACGAGGAGAUCAAUGUCAUGGACGCCAGGCAAGAAAAGUGGAAGAGCGCGUACGAGUUCGAUACUCCGGUGAUCCACAUCGACAAAGCCGAAGCUAAAGAGACGACCACAUCUUCGCUGAAGCUUAUGCAUCGGUUCAAGGAAGAAGACGUGAUCAAGGCCAUGGAUCAGGUAGAGCAUUCUUGAAAGCAUCGUCACGUCGUCUGCCCCAGUCAAAUCUCAUUUUACGUCUACAUUUUGAAUCAUUCGAUCUGCCGCUGUGAUCUCUCUCGUGGGAU